AUGACGGUGUCACCUUUGACGGCAGACCAAGACGCAAUGAAAGAUGUUAACAUCGAUGUCGGGACAAUUCAUUUACAUUUUACAGCGGAGGAAGAAAAACGCGUAGUGAGGAAGAUCGACUGUACCAUUUUACCAUUGAUGUGCUUGGUGUUCUUCUUUCAAUACCUCGACAAGCAGAGUCUUAGCUACGCGUCGGUAUUCGGGCUUAUUGAUGAUCUCUCUCUGGAAGGGUCCGAGUAUUCUUGGUGCUCAUCAUUAUUUUAUCUCGGUCAAUUAGUUGCAGAGUACCCCUUCAUAUACUUAAUGAGCCGGCUUCCUCUUACCAAGUUCGUUGGUGCAACAAUAGUUUUCUGGGGUGCCGUGUGCAUGUGCCUUGCGGCGCCUACAAACUUUGCAGGGUUCGGGGCUGUAAGGUUCCUUCUUGGAGUUACGGAAGGGGCUGUCUCUCCAGCAUUUGUGACCCUCACUAGCAUGUGGUACAGAAAACAGGAACAUGCUUCAAGAGUGGGCAUCUGGGUGACGAUGAACGGCCUUGCCCAAGUCCUUGGAAGCCUGCUCAUGUACGGAAUUGGGAAACAACACUACCCACGGCUGGAACCAUGGAGGGUUCUCUUUCUCGUCUGCGGUGCACUUACAGCCGCCUUUGGUGCCGUCUUCUACUUUCUAGUGCCUACCAGUCCUCAGAAAGCAUGGUUCCUAUCCGACAGAGAGCGAGAGGUCCUACUGGCGAGAAUGGCGCAAGACAGAGAAGGAGGUGAUAAGACCAAUUUCUCAAAGUCACAGGUGAAGGAGACUUUAUUAGAUGUCCGAGCUUGGUUUAUCUUCGCUUUCGGCAUCCUCGUCACGAUGCAGUCGCCGGUUCUAACGUUUGCUUCCUUGAUUAUUAAGAACCUCAACUACGAUAAAUAUCAAACGAUGUUAUAUACCUCCCCAUCAGGAGCCGUUCAGAUCGUCGCGAUCUGGAUCGGUGUACUCGGCUGCCAACUCCUUCAGAACAACCGUAGCUUGGUGAUCAUUCUACUCUCCAUUCCUCCCUUGAUUGGCAACAUACUCCUAUUGAAGCUUCCACUUACGACAGGUUGGGGAUUGAUAGUGUCCUCCUGGCUAGCGUCCUGCAUCUCAGAUGUGAUGGUCAUUCUUCUUAGUCUCAGCGCAUCGAACGUGAAAGGAAAUACGAAGCGGGCGAUGGCCAACACGAUGUAUUUCAUUGGCUAUUGUGUUGGCUGCAUUGCAGGUCCCCAGCUGUGGCAGACGAAAUCGGCGCCCAGGUUCUUUGAAGGGGUCGUUACUGCAAUUGUAACCUGGUGUGUGCUGGUACUAGUCAUGGUCCUUUAUUGGUACUUGUGCAGGGCUGAAAACCUGAAGCGGGACCGGGAAGCCAACACUUCUGCCGAUAUCGUCUUGCAUACCGACGACGUCACAGAUAUCGAGGAUCGGCUCUUCCGCUACAGUUAUUAA